CGGUUUUGUGUCGUUCUAACAGCAACUCUCGACAAUUUUGUUUUCGCUGGUCGUGUGCUUUAUUAAAUUUAAUUUAAAUUCAAUUCAUUUCUUUUAUCUGUUUUUAACUGGAAAAAAGCCGUUUAAUUUUUUUUUCCAUUAAUUUAAUCAAUAUUUAUUUAUAUUUGUAAAGUAUUCUUAUUCUUUUGUGUCAAGAAAAAACUAAAAAAAAAAACUGAAGGAUUCUUCUCUCGUGCGAAUUAGAAAAAAAAAAUUAAAGAGAUCAUUUUUUUGAUUAUUUGCGGAAAAAAAGGAAAGGUGCUGUUGCAAAAAUGGCCUCGUCUAGAAUUGAUGAUAAAGCGAGUGAUAUUCCGGAUAGACUUUACGAUGCUGGAACUAAAACCACUUACAAAAGGAUGAGAUUUUUUGGGAAGGGUGGUUUUGCAAAAUGUUACGAAAUCAUCGAUGUAGAAACCAACAAUGUUUAUGCUGGAAAAAUUGUAUCCAAAAAAUUAAUGAUGAAGCACAAUCAAAAAGAGAAAAUGACACAAGAAAUUUCCAUUCAUAAAUCCUUGAAUCAUAAAAAUGUUGUAAAAUUCCAUGGAUUUUUUGAUGACAGUCUAAAUGUUUAUAUUGUUUUGGAAUUGUGCAAAAAAAGAUCAAUGAUGGAACUUCACAAACGACGAAAAGUCAUAACAGACUACGAGUGCCGUUAUUAUAUUUUUCAAAUUAUCGAAGGAGUGAAAUAUCUUCACGACAAUCGAAUUAUCCAUCGUGAUUUGAAACUAGGUAAUUUAUUCCUCAACGAUCAACUUCAUGUUAAGAUUGGUGAUUUCGGUUUGGCCACACGAAUCGAAUAUGAGGGCGAACGCAAAAAGACCCUUUGUGGUACACCCAAUUAUAUUGCGCCAGAAAUUCUUACCAAGAAAGGACAUUCGUUUGAAGUGGAUAUUUGGUCGAUUGGUUGCGUCAUGUACACAUUGCUUGUCGGUCAGCCACCAUUCGAAACAAAGACACUCAAGGACACUUAUACAAAAAUCAAAAAAUGUGAAUAUAGAGUUCCAAAUUUUAUGCGAAAAAGUGCAGCCAAUAUGGUAAUCGCAAUGUUACAAUCGAAUCCAGAAAAACGUCCAACAAUUCAUCAAUUGUUUGAUUUUGAAUUCAUCAAAGCCGCGCCAGUGCCUAGUUGUUUGCCUAGCUCUUGUUUGACAAUGGCACCUCGAUUAGGAUUGAAUGAAACAAUGGAAGCAGAGAAUGAACUGAGACGCAAACCGCUAAUUGAAACGAAUGGAAUGAAAGACGACACAAGACUUGAGUCAACCUUCCUUAAAAACAACUUACAUGAUGCUAUCACAGCUUCGGCACAAAUUGGCAAUUUGAAUGAAGAUUAUCGUGCCGAUAUUCAAAGUCUCCAUGAACAACUAACAACUUUGAUAAACAGCAAGCCACGAAUGCUGCCAAACAAUUUAGGAGAUGAGAACACAGAUCCAGCUGCUCAGCCUCUAUUUUGGAUUUCCAAAUGGGUUGAUUAUAGUGAUAAGUAUGGCUUUGGAUAUCAACUGUGCGAUGAGGGUAUGGGUGUGAUGUUCAAUGAUACAACAAAACUAAUUAUGCUGCCGAAUGGAAUUAAUGUGCAUUUCAUCGAUAAAGAUGGCAAAGAAACCUACAUGAACGUUGGCCAAUACCCUAAGCAUUUGGACAAAAAAAUGAAGCUACUAUCAUACUUCAAGCGUUACAUGACUGAGCAUUUAGUAAAGGCUGGCGCCAACAAUGUCUUUUUUGAAAACGAUCAAAUUUCAAGAUUGCCUCAUUUACACUCGUGGUUCAGAACAACAUGUGCGGUUGUAAUGCAUCUAACAAAUGGAUCUCUGCAGCUCAAUUUCUCUGAUCACAUGAAACUAAUCAUCUGCCCACGUAUGAGUGCCGUUACAUACAUGGACAGCGAAAAGAACUUCCGAACCUACCGCUUCUCUACCAUCACAACGCAUGGCUGCUCGAAAGAUCUCUACCAGAAACUGCGCUAUGCCCAUGAAAAACUUCGAAAAAUGUUGGAGAAGAUGUUUUAAAAAUUUCAAAAAAGAAGCAUUUUUUUACAAAACGAUAUAUAUUUAUUGUGUUUUUUAAACUUAAAUUUGAUUAAGAUAAAAGAAAGGAGAAUUAGAGGCAACAAGCAAAAAGAACGAACAUGCCCAGCGAAACACAUUUUUCAUCGUUAUCACAAUACACAUACAUAUUUUUUGUUUUAUAUUUUUUUUUUUUGUUGCUGUUAUGCGUUUAAAAAAAUACUAUUUUUUUUUUUAAUCAUAUUAACAUUAUCAAAAAAGAGGAAACAAAAAGCAUUUCCAUUUUAUUUUUGAAAACAUUAGAAUUUACAUACAUAUACAUUUAUACGCAUUGUUAAAUAAGUACACGUUCCAUGUUAAAACAAAAACUGAUCUUAAAAAACAGUGUUGAUGACUGAGAUUAAAAUUAAGUAAACACAAUGCAAGGAAACUUAAAAAAAAAAAUAUUUAGACUGACAAAGUUAUAGGGAUUCUUUUUUGAAAUCGUUUUUCUUAAUUUUAUUAUGAACAAACAAAACAACAAAAGAAAUACCUUAAACCACAAAUACACAGCAUAAAAGAGUGCAGGCGCAAAAUUAGUUGGUUAAAUUUCAAAUUAGUAUUUUAUUUUUUUUUCUCAAGGAAUUCAGUGUGUUUAUUUUUUGUCAUUUAGUUUUUAUUCAUUUUUUUUAUGUUUUUUCUUUUUAUAUAUAAAAUAUUACAUUUAGUUAUGUUGUAUUUUUUUUUCAUUCCUUGUACUUGUGUUGGGUUAGUCUCAAUUAAAUAAAUUUUUAUAAAAAGAACAUUA